UCAUCAGCAUGCCUAAAACACUCAAAAAUUUGUCCUGUGUGCUGUCGAAUUGUACCAUAUAUGCAGCAAGAAAUUUGCAUUAAGAGGGUCCAUCUGUUGGAUGUGACUUUCACAGUCACACGCACAAAUAAAAAAGAAACUCUAAAACCUCACGCCUUUACUCUUAUAUAGUACAUGCUCCUCAAAAUUCUCAAACCCCUUCUUCUCUCACUCUUGCUUUCACACACACACUUCUACCUCUUCAAAUGGCUCAGAAGGUUGUGUUAAAGGUUAUGACUAUGACUGAUGACAAAACAAAGCAAAAGGCUAUAGAAGCAGCUGCAGAUAUCUAUGGGGUUGAUUCAAUUGUUGCUGAUGUGAAGGAGCAGAAGUUGACUGUGAUUGGUCAAAUGGACACAGUGAAAAUAGUGAAGAAGCUGAAGAAAGUAGGAAAAGUGGAUAUAGUAUCAGUUGGACCUGCCAAGGAAGAGAAGAAGGAAGAAAAGAAAGAGGAGAAAAAGGAAGAAAAAAAAGAAGAGAAAAAGGAGGAGAAGAAAGAGGAGAAGAAGGAAGAAAAGAAGGAAGAGAAGAAGGAGGAGAAAAAAUAAUAGACAAUACUUGAUUAUCAUCUGGUUUUGUCUAAUUCUACCCUUUUAUUUUCUUUUCUCUUUUUUAUUUUGUUUUGCAUAUUUUCCCAUAUUCAGAAGCAAUUGUUAGCUGCAAAAAUUGUCUAUAGAGUCUUUUUAUUUUUUGCUAAUGUGGGUUUCUUCUCAAAUCUGUUGCUCACAAUCCUUUCUGAAGCAUGGAUCAAUCUUCAAUUGCUAAGAAGGAAAUGAGUUAUAAUAAAAGAGUAUCCUAAGAAUUGGCCAGUGGACAAGAUACAAAGACAACAUCAAUUUUUAA